AUGAUAGGAAACACUUGCCUCAUGCAAUUCAUUUACCUCUUCGCAACCAUGCGAAUCUUGGGUGCCGUCUCCUCACCGAGACAUAUUGACAGAGGUGAAGCUACAGAAAUGGAGGUUACAAAAGAUGGACUUGUGCAUAGAACGAUUAUUCGGGGCGGCAGUGAUUCUCGAGAUAAAGCAGAAGUGAAGCAGGCCGGAGCCGUUGAUGCGAAGGCAGAAGCCACCUACUCGAGCUUUGCCAGCGUUCGCGCCAAGUCCUCGCAGGCCCAUGCCAGAGCGCCAGACAGUGAGGAGGCGGAGGAAGAUGAAGAGGAGCUUGAGACCACACUUCAGUCGUCCACAGCGAUGGCAUCCACCACGAAGACUACCAGCACAGCUUCCAGUCCUUUGCCCACCCCUUCGCCCGUCGGCGAAGUCGACGCUGGAGCGGACGUCGAUUGUCAGUGGGAGACGUGGGCGGAGUGGAGCGCCUGCCAGUUCACUUGUGGUGGAGGAGAAUCCAUUCGGACUCGGAAAGUUCGCCAAAUGGCACAAGGCAAGGGGGCUGCGUGCGACAACAACGACAAAGAAAGUCGCGACUGUAACACGAACCCUUGCCCGAUUGAUUGUGUCUGGGAUGAGUGGGCUCCCUGGGGAAGCUGUUCGGCAACUUGUGGACUUGGAACCAAGGUGAAGACUCGCGACCCGAGCCAACUCCCAGAGUACGGAGGCAAACCCUGCGUUGGAAAUACCACUGCAUCGGCCGAGUGCCAGGUGAAAAUCUGCCCGGUGGACUGCAAGUGGAGCGAUUGGGGAGACUGGGAAGGCUGCUCCAAGUCUUGUGGCGUCGGCGAGAGAUCCAGGUAUCGGAGCUAUGCGCAGAUCCAAAAUGCACAUGGCAAGGAGUGUCCUGGUCAGAACCUCCAGACAGAGACGUGUGGCAUGAACACUUGCCCCGUGGAUUGUGCAAUGGAGGAUUGGCAGGCAUGGGAGCCUUGCGAUGUUACGUGUGGAGAAGGCACGACGCGACGAGAACGCAGGGUAUUGACGCUGCCAGUUUUUGGUGGCGAGCGUUGUGGAGCUGUCUCGGAGAACAAAACCUGUGACAAUGGACUAUGCCCGGUUCAUUGUCUGCUCAGCGACUGGACCCAAUGGGCAGACUGUAGCAUAAGCUGCACAACUAGCGGGCAGCCAGGAUCCACGAAGCGGUUCCGGACUGUGGUCCAGCACAAGAACAAGCUCGGAGAUGACUGCGCCGGAGAGCUUGAGCAAACCACUGCUUGUAGCCCUGUUCAAUGCCCCGUAGAUUGCAAGAUGACAGAUUGGACAAUGUGGUCUGAUUGCAGUAGUACCUGUGGGCCUGGAGUCGUGGAGCGGCAGCGCGACAUAGCAUCUUCGGCUCAAUAUGGAGGCAAAGAGUGUGUCGGAGCUGCCAAUGAAACAUAUCAGAAACGCUACUGUUCCAGAGAUACAUGCCCAGUGGACUGUCAGUGGAGUGAUUGGCAGGACUGGCGCGCUUGCUCGGUGACUUGUGGGUCCGGAUCCAGCUAUCGCAAUCGCCUGGUGCAGACGCCAAUGCUGCAUGGCGGCAAGGAUUGUGACGGUGGCUACCAGCAGACUCGGCAGUGCAAUCCUGCGGCGUGCCCGGUCCACUGCGAGUGGGGAGAUUGGGCGAAAUGGGGAAACUGCAGUGGCACAUGUGGUGAGGGCACAGAGACACGAAGCAGAGACGUAAAGGUCCGUGCUGACUUCGGAGGAGAACCUUGCUCAGGCAAUUCAUCUGCAACGAGGAGCUGCGACAACGAAGCCUGCCCUGUCAACUGCCAGUGGGCCGACUGGGAGGCCUGGCAAAGCUGCUCUGCAUCCUGCGGUACAGGGCUCCAGACCCGAGAGCGCCAGAAGGCAAUUCCUGCGGAACAUGGCGGCGCAGACUGCGAGGGUGUGGCCAAAGAUUCUGUUGCUUGCUCGUCCCUUCCGGCAUGCCCGGUGGAUUGCGAAUGGGAUGAUUGGUCCCAGUGGGAAGGAUGCUCUGUGACGUGUGGCUCUGGCUUCGUGCGAAGGAGCAGGACUAGGAAGCUUUAUGAAAAGAAUGGUGGGCAUGUCUGCUAUGGGACCGAGGAUGAUGAGAAGGUGUGCGCACUGGAUCCAUGUCCUGUUGACUGCGUCUUGGGAGACUGGGCGCGCUGGUCGGACUGCUCUGUCACAUGUGGGCCCACCGGUCAACAGACGCGAUCUCGCGGUGUGGUCGUUCAUGGAUCGUUAGGAGGCAAAGCUUGCAAUCCGGAUGAUCUGCUCGAAACCACCGGCUGCGAAGAUGCCCCAUGCCCUAUUCACUGCGAGUGGGCGACAUGGGGUGAAUGGAGCAAAUGCACCAAGGAGUGCAAUGGUGGUACGACUUUUCGGCACAGAUCCGAAAACGUUUCAGCGGAACACGGAGGUCGUCAGUGUGAAGGUUCUGCCGACGAGGAGAUGGUGUGCAAUGCGCACGGCUGCCCCGUCGACUGCAAGUUUGAGGAGUGGACAGACUGGAGCGACUGUUCCAAGAGCUGCAGCGCAGGGAACAGGACAGCCUCCCGAACGCUCAUUACGCCACCUCAGUGGGGUGGUCAACCUUGUGACGGUGGUAUCUUCAAGACAGAGUACUGCAACGAGCAACCUUGCCCAGUGGAUUGUAGUUGGGGCGAGUGGUCAAAUUAUGCCCUUUGCUCAAAGACGUGUGGCGGCGGUCAAAUGGAAAGGACUCGCGAAUCCAAUCCCGAGCUGUACGGUGGUAAGCCUUGCGGCGGCCUUGCAAGGGAGUCCACUCCAUGUAACACCCAAGGAUGUCCGCAGGACUGCGAGUGGGGCCAGUGGACCACGUGGACGCCCUGUUCGAAGGAGUGUGGCGGUGGCUCCAUCAAGCGCUUCCGAGAUGUCGUUGUGAAGCGGGCUUUUGGUGGAGAUCCUUGUGUGGGAGCUUCAGAGGAGGAAGCGGGUUGCAAUUUCGAUGUUUGUGCAGUUCACUGCGAGUGGAACGACUGGGAAGCUUGGAGUCCCUGCCCAGCCACCUGCAACGGUGGAGUGCGCAGCAAGAGCCGAACACGGAAGCAGGAAGCCUCCGCUGGAGGAAAGCCAUGUGCAGGAAACCGCACCGAGAACGAGAGAUGCAAUUCGCAACCAUGUCCUGUGGACUGUAGCUUCGAGCUGUGGCAAGAGUGGGGCGAUUGUUCGGCCUCUUGUGGCGUGGGCUCCCGCUUCCGAACCCGGGUGAAGAAAGCAGAGCUCUACGGAGGAGCGCCGUGCCAGGACGUGAUGUGGGAGGUGGGUGAGUGCAGCAACCCAGAAGAUGACAUCAAUUGCCCGCAUUCAACCUCAAGCACGACGACAACGUUGACGCUUCUUCAGCUCGAGAAGGGGCAGCUGGGCUGGAGCCACCUACACAACGUUUGGGAGCCACACGCGGAGCGGGGCCCUUUAGAGGUCCCGGGCCAGGAGGAGCUGUCGAAGAAUUUCUCGAUCAGCAAAGACCCGAGCUACAAGGGCGAACCCUACAAGCCUACGAUACCUUGUCCCAAAGACAAGCUGAACCAGUCGCUGGAAAUCUACGAGAAGCUCAAGUUGCAGCAGCCAGACCUUGCCAAGCUGUCGAACGCAACGCAGGCCGAAGCCAUGAAGGUAAUCGACAAGAUGAUCCAGAAUAUCACGGGGGAGGUGCCACAGGUGAAUUAUACCUACAACGAGGUGGUGUUGAAUCGCACAACAGCGCCGCCCACGAUACCACCACCGUCUCCGACCGCAGUGGAGCGAACCGCCGACAUGGAUGUUUCCAGCAGCAACGUCAAGCAGGUGUUGGACAUUUUGGAAGCUCUUCCCAGCAAAACGGCUGACGUCGAGAAAUUCUUGAAGCAGGUGGAGCAGAAUCUUUCAUCAAGCAGUGGAUCGCGGCCUUUCCAGGCUUCAGGCAACUUCUCGGAAUACUUGUCCAAAGAAGCAGCCGAAGCACCGGAUACGCCAGCUUCGAGAAACUUUACCGACGCUUUCGAGACGGCCGACAGCAAGCAGGACGGAAGGACCGUCUUGGCUGAAAUUGCCGGAGAUCUAGGUCUGGACGUGAUCGAGGCGGACGAUUUCGUCGGGAAUCCCUCCGUCUCGGCAGCCCUGGCGAAGGCUUUGGCGAAUUUGGCGGGUGCGGAGAGCGAGGACGUGAAAGUGGACGUCACCAUCCCGCAGGCCAUGCUGCUGUCACAAGUGCAGAAGAGGAUAAAAGGAAACGUGAACGUGGCAUACAUGAUUGAGGUGUACAAACAGGACGUGAACAAAGGAAAUGCUUCCCAAGUCGCGUCGAGAAUCUCAACCUCAGACAUAAAUACGGUGACUGCAGAGAUCCGGCGGCAGGUGUCUUCCUCCGGUCAGAACUUCGCGCUCAGGGCGGUUAGCCUCAGUGUGACCAUCCUGCCCGUCAGCUCUGAUGGCAACAUCGAGGUAUCACCCAGCUCUAGCGAAGAGGAAAGUGAAAACACCUCGCUGGUGGAGGAUGCGGUGCCCACCGCAAUGCUGGAUGGGAAGGCCAAGGCCCCAAGAACUGCCCAAGCCAUGGUCGAGACGGCGCAGCGAGUAGCCGAGAUUGCCAAGGUUGCCAGUGCAAAGUUUCAUCCGCAGACUGUGCUGGGGACCGACAAGGAUGAUCUUCCCAAAGAUCCACAGGACGAGAAAAGGGAAACGAUAAGAUCUGAGCCAGGUCUCAAGUCAGGAACUGCCAGAUGUUGCCUGGCGGUUGCGGCUGCUUUACCACUGGUGAUGAAGCUGCUGGAAGUGAUCUCUUGA